CUUCCCCUCAUCUCCUCCCAACCCCAGCACAACAAUGAAUCAAUGCGCAACCUUGCGGAUCUGCAUCAUGCUGCUGGUUUGCAUCCUCCCGUCGUCAGCAGCCUUCAUUCGGCCAUCGCUCCCGCACACACUCAUGGAGAGCCGCCUGCGCCAAACACAUCAACCCCGUCAACGCCAUCCACAGCGACUGCGCAGCACCGGCCUGAGGAUGCAGACGGCGACCAAGAUGGGCUAUGCGUGGGACAUCAGCAGCAUCAAGCAGAUCAGCGACAAGUACCAGCGGCCAGACUGCAUCACCAGCAGGGAGUUCGAUAUCGGCAAGCAGACCUUCCUGCUCUACUUCUUCCCAAAUGGAUCAAAAUGGUCGACUGAUGGUAAGUGCCGCCACUGACUGAGCCACUGCACACACGCGUGCACCAUGCGUCAAGGCAUUGUCGUGUCGCUGCUGAUGCUGAUGCUGAUGCAGGCAACUGCGCUCUUCGGUUGGUGCCUCUCGGUGCCCCUCCUGCAUGGAAGUAAGUUGGUUGUGGUGGAGGGAUGGAUGGAUGGAUGGUCAUGGGUCUGUCUGUCUGUCUGUUUGGUUGUCAGGUUCAGCCUGUAUGUGGGCAGCAAGAAGGUGGGGCCCUUCUCGUUUGACUCCGACGAGUAUUGGGAGCAGAGCAACAACAUCUGCAAGUAAGGAACGGGACGGGCAAACCACUGGCCGACCGACCAGCCACACGGAAGGUCUUAAUUCAUUGAUUGAUGGGGGUGUGUGUGUGGGUGUGUGUGUGGGGGUGUGUGUGGUGAUCUGUGCCAGGCUGCCCGACGAGAAUCUUGAUGUGAGUCUGUUUGAGGUGGGGAUCGAGGUUGUCUAGCUGUCUGUCUGUCUGGCCAGCCAGAGAUGCUGAAUGAAUGCGAGACGGGCAGGGUCGGCAAUUGCUUGCGGAUGUUGGCUGGGUCGGUCGAUGUACCUAACCUGUACGUAACGUAAUCGAUGUGUCGACCAUCACUAUAUAUACCUAACAUAAAUGUGAUGAUUCGCAUCGCAAUCGGUCAGUUUCACUUUCACCCAAACACAACACAACACAAGGGAGGGUACACAGACAGACAGACAGACAGACAGACAGGUGUGAAGGGCGAAAGGAGAGAACAAAGAGGAGCGAGAGUGUAGUGCGUUGGUGUGUAUGGCCCGGCUCUCGGCGUCGACCCGACCAUGUAUCGAAUAGCUUUCGGUGUGUGAGAUGAAGUGACUGACCACAGAG